CUCUCUAGCCUCUUCCGCGAGGGCGGGGAGGGGGGAAAUGGGUGUGGCCUGUGGGAACGUGGUCUCGGAGGGCGUGGUCGAGCCGCACGCCCGGCCCUGUCCUCCUGAGAGUCCAGCGCUAGUUGCGCCUCGGCGGCAAAGUUCCUGGCCUCACGGAGCCCUCUGGAACCCCACGGAUCCCCGACAAUCGGACCAACAGACAGAUCUUGGAGAGCAGGGAUCAAACUCGGGUCCUUGCGCUUGCGAGGUAGGCGGCGGAACCACUGAGCUAAGGCCCCGGCCCAACCACCAUCUUUUUUAAGAAAACAGCUUUCCGGCCCAUGGACCCCUUCAGCACCAAGAGCCUGGCACUGCAGGCGCAGAAGAAGGUCCUGAGCAAGAUGCCCUGCAAGGCCGUGGUGGCGGCCCUGGUGGACGACACGAGCAGCGAGGUCCUGGACGAGCUGUACCGCGCCACCAAGGAGUUUACGCGCAGCCGGCGCGCUGCGCAGCAGCUGCUCAAAGACCUGGUGAAGGUGGCAGUGAAGGUGGCCGUGCUGCUGCGCGCUGGGCAGCUGGGCGCCGAGGAGCUGGCGCGGCUGCGGCGCUUCCGGCAGCGGGCGCGGGGCCUGGCCAUGACGGCCGUGAGCUUCCGCCAGGUGGCCUUCACCUUCGACCGCCGAGUGCUGGCCGCGGGGCUGCUCGAGUGCCGCGACCUGCUGCACCAGGCGGCCGGGCCGCACCUCACCGCCAAGUCCCACGCGCGCAUCUCCCGUGUCUUCGGCCACCUGGCGAACGGCGACUUCCUGGCUGCGCUGUACGGCCCAGCCGAGCCCUACCGCUCGCACCUGGACAAGAUCUGCGAGGGUCUGGGCCGGAUGCUGGAGGGCGGAACCAUCUGAGAGUGUCGCCGGGGAGGGCGGUGCCGGGGCCUUAACGCCGCCCCACCCCACACCACUCUGGAUGAGUGACCUGUCCCCUCACCAGGACCCGAAAUCUUCAGCACCAGCAGCUUCAAAGGCCCACGUCGAGCCUGGCAUGGUGGUACGCACUCUGGGAGGCUGAGGCAGGAGGAUCUCAAGUUCAAGCUCAGCCUGGGCAGCAUAGCAACUUAGCGAGACCCUGUCUCUAAAUAAAAAAUUUACAAGGGUUGGGGAUGGAACUCAGUAUGAAGGCACUGGGUUCAAUCCCCACUACCAGGCAGAAAAAUAAAUAAGUAAAUAAAAGUAAAGCCCGAGUUGCCUUAGGUGCCUCGACCUGUGAUGACAGACAGGGACUCAGAGCUGUGCUAGACCCCAGCUUGCCCAGGACCACCUGUCACUCCAUGGUGUUCCCGGGCCCGUGCUGAUUCCAGCGGGACCCGUCUGCUCCCUGUGAACCUCCUGGUGGGUCUCAGAGCAGGCGUGGGCUGUGUUGGGGCCUGGGCGUCUACAUCCCCCCUGCAAUCGCGGGGAGGGGGAGAGCAGACCUGCAUCUCCCAAGCCCUUGCCUUCCUAUCCGGACCACCAGGCCUGCACAGGGAGAUCGGGUCCGCAGGCAGAACUGGCUAGGGUGAGGUCCUGGUGUAGUGGGGGGUCCUGACCCAGCACCACCAGGGUCCUUCUAAGUAGGGACGGUCCUUGGACACAGACCCACACAGGGCCAACACGCGUGACAGUGGAGGUGCAGAUGGGUGACAUUUCCACGAGCCAGGGACACCCAGGAUGGCAGCCACCGCCAUACGCUGGAGACAGGUGGGGACGGGGUCCUCGCGGCCCCGGGGUCGCUGGUCCUGCCCGCAUCUUGACGCCAACUUCCAGCCUCCCGGACUGAGUGGGGAUGAAAUGCUGUUGUGGAAGCUGCGCAGCUUGGGGGAUUUGUCCAGCGGCCCCAGGAAGUGGACAGAUGGGGCCCUGCAGAGUGCAGCGUGGGAAGGUGCCAACCAAGCCCCACAGUGCUGUGCAGGCAGACUGCGGGGCUCAGUGGGGAGCGCCCACCUGGCUGAAGGGAAAAGCCCCAGGAAGCAAACCCCAGAGCAUCUCAGCUCUGGCUGCACCUGGAAGGCCCCAAGAGCCUGGCGUCGGGGUUUCCGCCCAGUGCAACACACAGCAGGGUGGGAGGCUAUUUUGGCAAAUGGGGUGCAAGGGGGACACCUCCGUGACUGAAUGCAGAGCUGUGUCUUUUUGGGCGAAGGUCCCAAGUAGGUCUGAAGGUGGCUCUGCUCAGGCCCCAUCAGUAUUUGAGAAGUUUGGAAUCGGCUGCCAACAUUUAAACACCCGGAAUUGCACUGACUCAUCUAGCUGUUAUCUUUAGAAAGCGGUCAGCAUUGUGCCCAUAGAGCCCCCUGGUGGAACCGCGGGGCGACUGCAGACCCCUCCAGGCCUUCUUGUCUCCCUGGCCUGCUGCUGCAGAUGACAGGAGAGGAGCUUUCCGCUUUUUUUUUUUCUUCCUCAAUACUAGAGAUGGAACUAGCUAGAUUUUUUCAACUGAGCUACAUCCUCCUCAACCCUUUUUGAAAUUUGUUUCCAGUACCGGGGAUUGAACUCAGGACCUUGCACUUACCAGGCAGGUACGGCGCCACUGAGCUUCAUCCUAGGCCCAACCCUUUUUGAGAUAGGGUCUUACUAAGUUACUAAGUUGCCUAGGCUGGACUAGUGAUCUUCCUGCCUCAGCUUCCUAGAGCGCUAGAUGACAGGCAUGUGCCCCUACACCCAGGUUCUGCUCUUGAAAAAGCCAAAAGCUUUCUGUCACUGAGAGGCCCUCUUCCUACUGUCCCACCCUGCCCAGGCAGAGGUCAAAGGCCGAUCUUAAGGAGCAUAACGCCAAUUUUGUCUUAAAGGCGUAUUACUGUGGGUGUAUAAUGCCCACGUAUAUUCUUUAAAAUAUUUCUAUUGAUGAAUUACUAAUUUUAAUUUUGAGUUUUAUUACAUUAAACAAUGAGUACUUAACAGGAAAAAAAUAAAAAAAGAAAGUAUUGAA